CUCUCGCACGGCCUUCAGCAGUCACAGGACAGACACUGCCGAUAGCAGACGAAAGAAAAUAUUUAAAGGGUCUCCCAGAGGUAAAUUGUUAAACAAACAUAAGCGUGACACUAGAUAAUUUCGUCGCUGUCAGUGCAGUCCCGACCGUUGCUUCAGGUGGAAUGACAAGCCAGGAACACAACAGCUCUUUCAAGAUGGAAAACGAGAAAGAUGGCAAGCUUGAUCCAAUUUACUGGCUGGUAGAAGGUAUUCCUCUGCCCAGUUUCCGAUUUAACAAAGAGGAGUGGGAGAAACACAUCGAUGAUCUGCGCAACAUGGAGCUUCGACACGAUGACAUCCUGCUGUGUACCUACCCCAAAACAGGAACUCACUGGCUGUGGGAGGUGACCUCCAUGUUGCUGCAAGGCAAGGCCGAGUACGAGACUCGUCGCAAGGAACAGCUGAUGGUCGACUUUGUCGACGUGGACAUGGUAGCGGCCAUGGCGUCUCCGCGCAUCCUCAAUACGCAUCUUCCGUUUUCUAUGUUGCCGUGGCAACAGAUCAGAGACAAGCGUGUCAAGGUCCUUCAUGUUUAUCGCAAUCCUAAGGACACUGUUGUAUCCUUCUACUUCAUGCAAAAGAACCUUUUCAAUACAUUCGUUGAAUUUUCAGAAUUUUUUCAACGAUUCUUAGAUGGCAAAGUCAACUAUGGUGCUUACUUCAGUUACUUGCGGCAGUUUCACGAUUUUACCCAAGAAAAUCCGAACAUUCCUAUAUUAUCCAUCUCCUUUGAAGAUAUGAAACGGAGUCCCUCAGAUAAAGUAAAGCAGAUUGCUGAGUUUUUGGAAGUUCCAGCAUCACAGCAACUGUGUGAAGAAAUCGCAGAGGCCUGCAGCUUCCAGAACAUGAAGAAACAGGAUGAGAAGAAAGCCAUUCCAGAAUUUACCAAAAGCAAAAAUAUUCCACAUAGAAAGAUGAAUAUGUACAGAAAAGGAGAGGUGGGCGACUGGAAGAACUAUCUUACUGUGGCCAUGAGCGAGCAGAUGGACGCAGUCGUGGAGAAAGAGUUGAAAGACCUGCCCUAUGUCAUACAGUAUUCGUGAAACUCACAGUUAUCUCAACAUUUGCUAAGCGGACACACCUUUACUCGUUGAACAAGUUGGCAUAGCAACGACUCAGCUCAGCCUGGUGACUCUUGAACAAUUUUACUUAGUGACAAUUCUGAGAAAUUUAUAUAUGAUUAACAUUUUGUCUCUCUUUACUGGAUAGUCCAGGAGCCGGUGUCCUUUACCAUCGUUUAGGGAAGCUCUGACGUUUCUUAGUAUAGAAUGAUUGCAUAAUUAACCGGUUGUUAGUUUUUUUAAAAAUU